AUGGACUCAGCCCCCCAGGGCUAUGAGCUCAACAGUGACCUGCGGUUGGACUUGCCCAGUGCCCCGGACGCCCCACCAACACGCUGGGGCAGGAACAGGCCCAUCAAAGUGAACCAUUACACCAACAAGAAGAGUACCGCAGAGAGCAUGCUGGACAUCACCCUGCUGAUGGCCAACACCUUGCAGCCGAAGGCAGUCAUCCACCAGGGCCCCGGCUUUGGCUUCUUUGUGCCCCUGGUGGUGCUCAUCUCCACCUUCCUGGUGCUGCAGAUCUGCGUGGGCGUGCUGCUCAUCUUCCUGGUCAGGUACAACCUCAACAACCCAGCCAAGCACACCAUUGACUUCCUCAACAGCCUGGCCACCAGCCUCUUCUUCAUCAUCGUCCUGGUCAACAUCUUCAUCACGGCCUUCGGCGUCCAGAAGCCUGUGGUGGACCUGGUGCCCUGGCAGUGGGCUCUGAUGCCCAGCCUGUGCCGGCCACAGCCACACAAACCCCAGGAGCUGCCUCGACCUUGGGCCACCUGCCUGUGCACUGCACCCCUGAGAACGCCAGAGCCAGGACUGGACGGGAGGAUACUCGCCAGUGUGAGUCCUGCUCCAUCCGUGGCUCCUCCCCCUGAAGCAGGGGCAGCGAGGCCCAGAGAACUAGACCCCCAAGGAGGGCCAUGGCUGGCACAGACAGGCAGCAGACCUGAGGAGGGCAGGGAGGGGCCAGGGCCAGCCUUAGUCUUGGGGUAUUUCCAGAAGGACAAGGAGAUGCCCCCCUCAGCUAAGCACCUCUGGAGGGCCUGGGGCCCCUGCCCUUCCUACCCUAGACAUUGGACCAGCAGCUCCCCCCGUGGCUCUGCCAUGACCGUGGGCCAUGUGCCCACCUUCCACCAGCCCCACUUUUCUAAGCAUGAAUGA